AUGAGUCCUACACAAUUCCAUGACCAUCACCAUCAAGCAAAGAGAGAAACCAAUGGCUUAUAUCCUCCUCCUUUGAAGAUCAACAAGGACUCCCAUUUCAUUAAGAAGUCGCCACCAUCCUCCUCCUCUUCUUCCUCAUCCUCGCUCGUCAGUGGCAUGGCAUCCAUCUCAGCCAGGCCUCCCCAGCGCCAGCCGGUUAUUAUUUACACUCAUUCCCCGAAGGUCAUCCAUACAAAUCCUCGUGAUUUUAUGCAAUUGGUGCAAAAGCUGACCGGACUCUCUCGGUCUGAUCAUGAUGAUACAGUUCAACCAAAGUUAGAGCCAGGCAAUGAUUCUUCGGAAGAAUAUCAUAAAAAUAUCAAAAAUGUCAUGAAUGAUGAUAAUGACUGUACUUCGGUUGUCACCGAUGAAAAUGGAAGCAGUGUAGGAGAUGUUCAUGUCAAUUCAUGUUUCAUUCCAUCUAUUUUCGAACCUCCAAACCCUUGUUUCAACAAUUUUCCCUUUUUUACACAAAAUCCAACCGAUUUCUCGUGUUCAACGAAACCAUUUUACAACUACACCGAUCCUUUGUUUUUGAUGCCUAAUAUGAGAAGCUCUAUCUCAUCAUCCACAUUGGAAAGCAUGAAAGAGUUCCCAGAAUAUUGA